AUGGACAAGAUGGUGAGCAAGAUCAAAAGUUUGGAGAAGAAGGUUUCUGGUUCUUCAAGCAAGAAGAAGAAGUCCAAGGCCCCCACAUUCCCUAGGAGUAGAUCACUCCUCACCACUCCAAGGAGGCUCCCUGCCCAAGAGCCUCACAGAGCCUCUUCUUUCGAGCCAAGGGAAGGAGAAGACAACACGCAGAGAAGGAGGAAGACUUCCAAGGCCAGACGCUCCAGCUCGACCACCGGACUCGAUCGAGUCCAAACAGAGGAAACUCAACUCGAUCGAGCUGACGGUCGAGUUGACCUGGAGGAGCCCCAGUUUGAGAUCCGGGAUUUGAUACGAUCCCAUGCCUUACCAGGAGCCUCUCCAGUAGAUGGAACCCCUAUGGACAGUACGAGCUACCAAUGCUCCACCAAGGCCAAGGAAGCCACACACUUUGAUGAAGAAGAGGAAGAGGAGCCGCAAGCUCGAUCGAGUGAGCCACAAGAGGCAACCCAGUUGAUGGAGUGCUCCUGA